GGAAGAAUUAUGACGUCUCUCAAUGAAAGCCGAGAUUUUUCGGAACUCACGAGACCGAUGCCCACUCUAACAACCAGAGCAACAAUUUUUAAAGGUACAUGGAACGUCCGGACAAUGUGAGAGACCGGGAAAACCAGUCAAAUAGCAACAGAAAUGAGGAGAUACUGCUUGGCGGUGCUCGGAAUAAGUGAAACUUUUCGGACUGAAGCUGGACAUCAAAGGUUAGAUACGGCAGAGAUGCUGCUGUACUCUGGUCACGAAGAGGACAAUGCUCCACACACUCAGGGAGUCGCUCUUAUGCUGUCCAAAGUAGCACGAAACGCACUUAUUGGGUGGGAAUCUCAUGGAUCCACAAUCACAAAAGCAUCAUUCGAAACAAAGAAGGAGGAUAUCACAAUGAAUGUUAUGCACCCAACAAUGAUAGCAAUGACGACAAUAAAGAUCAAUUCUAUGAGGCUGCAAUCAAUCGUAGAGAAGUGCCCAAGAAAGGACCUCACCAUUAUGAUGAGAGAUCUAAACACUAAAGUCGGGAUAGACAACACCGGAUAUGAAAAUAUCAUGGGACGACAUGGACUGGGAGAGAGAAACGAGAAUGGGGGAAGAUUUGCAAAUCUAUGUGCAUUCAACAAAGUGGUUAUAGGCGGCACAAUAUUCCCACAUAAACGUAUACACAAAGCUACAUGGAUCUCACCGGACCACACCGCGGAGAACCAGAUAGAUAAUAUUUGUAUCCAUAAAAAAUUCCCAAGGACAGUGAAAGAUGUGAGAACCAGGAGAGGAGCUGACAUAACUUCGGAUCACCACCUGGUGGCGGCCAACAUGAAACUGAGGUUAAAGAAAUACUGGACAACUGGGGGAACAGCAUACUGUGGAAGAGAACAAACCAACUUCCAGCUGAAGAGGAAAUUAGGAAAAUAUUUCAAAGAUGUAUAGGAUGUACAUUGAGGAAAUCAUCAAGCUGCAUCACCAGGCAAGCGCUAACUUGGAAUUAUGGAGGGGAACGGAAAAGAGGAAGGCCAAAGAACAGUGCGUCGGGAAGCGGAAACAGAUAUGAAGAAGAAUAAAUAGCAACUGGAAAGGAUUGCUCGGGAUAGAGUUGGAUGGAGAAUGAUUGUGGGCGGCCUAUGCUCGUACACAUGGGGUAACAGGCAUAAGUACAUAUAUAUAAUUGGACAUGGAUAUCUGAUACACAGUAUUUUGAUUUUUAAACUAAUUAUAUGUUUUUGCUUGAAUCAAACUUGCCAGAAAUUCUUUUUUUACGAAGAAUGUUAAUUUCCUUCUUCAUACUGAGAUAAAGUUCCUACCAAAAAAUAUAUUUCAUAAUCUAUUUAGAGGAUAAGAUAAGACAAGAGGAUCAUCAGCCUUUACUUCUAAGCUAGUCUUCAACAGCAUGUCGAGCUUCCAAGUUCCAUCAUCUUCAUCGUCCGAUUCAUAGAAUCUUGAUAAAAUACCAAGCAUUGGUAUAAUACAGUCAUCCUAUGCUCAUGGUGCCAUAUUAUAGAGUGGCUACCUACCUUCUGUCCCUCAUUAACUCAUAUUCACAAGUAAUAAUCAGCGAAAUGUGCCUGAGCUACAAAAUUGACACUUUAAAAUACAUCCACUGCUCAGAUUUUGUUCACUAGAACCUGGGAUUACGCACAUGUUGUCUUCGCCGACUAUGAGUUGUAGUACGGAUAUAAAGAUAAUCUAAGCAGUCCUGUCUGAAAUUAUCAAUUCAGAUAGACCAGUUCUUACAAGUGUGAGGUAGAACUACUUGCGCCAAAGUAUGGUACACCUGACCUUUUACAACCAAGGGGAUGGCCUAGAGGUGAGUUGGAUGGUACAUACGUAAAUGAUUUCUGUAUGCCACUCACACCAAACUAAAGACAUAUAGGUGGGUCUGAGGUAUCAAACAUCCGAUGAAUGGUCCGGUAAUUUCGAUUCAAGUUCAUUACUGAUGUAUCUAUACAAACUCACCUAAAAGAUUCUUGUUGAUUGCUGGUGUGCCUCGUAAAGCUGAACAUAAUCACACAACACCUGAUACACUAAUACAUUAAUCCAAGCCGAUAAAUUUACAUGGAUAUACCUUUAGUAAAUGACAAGGGCCUAACAUAUUAGAAAACACUAACUACCUUGAAAUUAAUAAAUUGUAGAUAUAUUCAUCUCUUAUCUUCGUUGUGAUUCGUAUUGCCUUCCAGCUGAUUUUCUCUUCUUAUGCUUUUGGAAAUUUAGUUUGAUCCUCUUUUGUAUAAAGUUUUCUUUAACGAUAUUUAACUACAUAUUAUAGGUUCGUCCUUUCUCGAAACAAUAUAAAAAAUGAACAUGUUUGCUCUACGUUAAUUGUGUGAUGUUAGAGAAGAUUCGUUGCUUAGGUGGAUAAUUGUGAUAGUGUUUCAAUUUCUGAGCUGGAUGGUUUAGUCGUAAUUGAUUAGUAAAUUGGGUCCAUUUCAAUGUGUACAUUAUUUGGUGGUUGAACUAAGUCCUAAGCUUCUGUGAAAUCUAUGAUAUUCUUUAUAUUUCUUCUAUCGAAAAUCUCAGUAUUUUCCCAGUCGAACUUGUGCCCACGUUCAUUGGUAUAAGUAAAAAUACCUCAUGACCCUUGACAUCCCGUCGGUGUUUAUGAAGACGAAGAUGAAGAGGAUACCCACUUUUUCGUAUGUAGUGUUUCAAUUGAAAAAUUUUGUUUUGUAGAUAAUGUUAGGAUUUUCUUCUUGUCAUUUCGUCUUUUGGUUUUCGUAAAAUUGAUAGAAAGGAUGUUUUUGUUUAUGUAUCAAACCUAAUCCAAACAUUCUCAAUAAUCUUGUAAUCUCUGAUAUGUAUUUUACAUAUGGUAGGAUGAUCCGUUUGUUGGUUUCCGCGUUUGAUUUCGGCUUUGGUAAUGAGUUUGCUUGAUAUUUUUCAGCGGACUUGCUUAGAUAACCGCUCUCAAAAAAUAGUCACUAAAUAUUUAUUUCCAUUCUAUUCUGUGUUUUAGUGUGCUUUUGAUCCUCUGAACGAAGUUUGUGCUCAGUUGGUUUUGUGGAUCUUUGCUACUGUAGUUGAUAAUAUGUUCUGUGUAGUCCCAUUGGUUUGCUUUUUGCUUGCUCGUAGAUUUUAUUGUAGACCUGAAAGUACGUUAUUAAGCAUGAAUCAGUGAGUCCUAGUAAGCUUUGAAGCUCGGUGUACUUUGAAAGUUUUGCGUCACUGUUGAUGGGCAGGGUUAAGGUGUCCUCUGCUAAUUUUGGUUCAACCGAGGCUAGUAAGGCUGCAACGUUGAAGGAUAUCAUAAUUUCACUGUUGUUGAUUUGAAUCUCCUUAAUCUUUUCCGAGAAUUAUAUAAGAAACUUAGUUGAGUGAUAAGUUGAAAUCACCAAAUAUCUCAAUGUUCUUGGAAUUUCUCUCGGUAAGUAGUACGCUUGGGUUCCAGGGAGUUGGUACAGCAGAAUACAGUUGGACUUUUGGUUUGCAUCGUUUCGGUCUGCCACAUAAUCAAGGGGCGAUGAUCUGUUAGAUUCCAUCCACCACUGAUCUUGUUUUAAUAUUUGUAUUGCUUUGGUAAGCUUGUUUAAAGUUCUAGGGACCUAGUUGUCUAGAUUUUUGAUUGAAUUAGUGUCCAUCAAUUUGUGUACGCAGAUCAGUCAUUAUAUCACACUGGAUUCUGUCGGUCACCUAACUAGUUAUCGGUGAACACCGUGCGCCGAUUGGUUACUCUUUGUGAGACUACAUAGGGUUAAAUAGGACUACAAUAAAUCGUGAAAAUAGUUUAGAUACUCACGUUCUAUAUAACCAAGGUUAAAUUCUAAUGAUUUUUUAAGGAUGACUUUCAGUUCAAUACUCCGGAAUCCAGAAAGCAUGGAAUAAUUUGUUCUACCUUUGAUGCUUUGUAGAAACUCGAAAUAUAGGACAAUUACGUAGCAUUCUCAAACUUUAGCCAACAAAUGAAACAAUCUUUCGCUCAAUAUUUUUCUGUUUUGUUCCGUUAAUUACAUUUUUGUUACGAAAUUUCAGGAUGUCCUAUGAACAAGCAAAUUACACUUGGUUCGAAACCUGAACUGAUAGACUUAUUACAUCAAUAAUUUAAAAAAGUCCUCUGCAAGUUGUGAAUUGCGACGAGAAUGAACAAUAUAAGUGUUCAUUUGUUUAAAAAAUCUAUUUAUGUUUAUUUCACUUGUGAGCUACAUCCCGAUUUCAGUCAAUAAAAAUUUAUGUAGACCCU